AGAAAAUAUUAGACAUGGAAAGUGCCGAAAUAUUUAUGAAAAAUGCAGAGCCUUAUGUGCAAAUUGGUCUGAGUUAUGUAGAAUGGGCACGUGUCUCGGUGAACAACUGGUGUAAAGGACACGAGGCAUGGCAGAUUAUCCUCUAUACAGCUGCUAUCACUAUUGUCCUUAACUGGAUACAUGGGUUCCUUUUCCAGCCCCAGAAAUUGAGUGUAAGGAUUCGGAAAAGUUUCUUCAAGUUUGUUCGAAAACUUCCCAUUAUUCGUGACAAGGUGCAAGAGGAGAUUGAAAAGACUACAAAAGGGAUUGAAAAUGGUUUCAAUAAGGAUGCGGGUGGCAUGCCCUAUAUAAAGAAACUACCUCCGAAGGGAUUAUCUCAUGAUGAAGUUAUGAAGGAGAUUGUCAAAUACAAAAAUAUGGGUGCGCUUGAUUGGUCAAAGGGUGUCUGUUCUGGUACUGUGUACAGUGGAGACAAAGACCUCACUGAACUCAUGUGUAAGGUAUAUGGUGAGUUUGCCUGGUCCAACCCUCUCCAUCCAGAUGUCUUCCCAGAUAUUCGUAAGAUGGAGGCUGAAGUCGCAGCAAUGUCCUGUGCUGCAUUCAAUGGAGGACCAGAAGCCGGUGGCACAAUGACAUCAGGUGGAACAGAAAGUAUUAUGCUGGCAGUAAAGGCUUAUAGAGAAAGGGCUUACGAUAGAGGAAUCAAACACCCUGAGAUCAUCGCACCCAUUACAGCCCAUGCUGCCUUCAAUAAAUCAGCAGAACUGUUUGGAAUGAUCCUCACUAGCGUACCAGUGGACCCCAAGACCUACAAGGUUGACAUGCGUGCCAUGAAACGAGCCAUAUCAAGAAACACUUGCAUGUUGGUUGGAUCUUCUCCUCAGUUUCCGCAUGGUGUUAUAGACCCAAUUGAAGAGAUAGCUGCAUUAGGACUGAAAUAUGAUAUUCCUGUCCAUGUAGAUGCCUGUCUAGGAGGGUUCCUCAUUCCAUUCAUGGAAAAAGCAGGCUUCCCACUCCCUUUAUUUGACUUCAGAGUUCCUGGGGUCACCAGUAUUUCAGCAGACACACAUAAAUAUGGUUUUGCUCCAAAGGGUUCUUCUGUAGUAUUGUACAAUGAUAAAUCCAUGAGGAAAUAUCAAUUCUUUGUCUACACAGACUGGCCUGGUGGUAUAUAUGCAUCACCUACACUUGCAGGUAGUAGGGCUGGGGCAAUCAUAGCUGCAUGUUGGGCAACCAUGGUAUCUAUAGGAGAGGAGGGAUACGUUGAUUCUACUAGGAAAAUAAUCCAGACCACGAGAUACAUCACCGAAAAGAUACGUAAGAUAAAUGGCUUAUAUGUCCUUGGAGAACCACAAGUUAGUGUGAUAGCCAUGGGAUCUCUGGACUUCAACAUCUUUAGAUUGUCUGAUGCGCUUGGUCGAGAGGGCUGGAACCUCAAUGCCUUGCAGUUCCCAGCUAGUGUCCAUAUAUGCUGUACUCUUCUGCACACCAAACCAGGUGUUGCUGACAAGUUUAUCGCAGACGUAACCAGGGUAACUGCAGAGAUCAUGAAAGACCCCAAAGCCAAAUGUGGAGGAAUGGGUGCCAUAUAUGGAAUGGCUCAGAGUAUUCCCGAUCGUAAACUUGUGGGUGAAAUAGCCCUUGGAUUCAUUGAUGCGUGCUACUCCACCAAGGGAGCUCCUGUUUCUAAUGGAACAAAUGGACACGCUGUUCAAUAACUUUUGGCAGCAGUAAAGCAACAUAAAUGCAAUGAUGUACAAUUUGUGAAACACAAUUUCGAUUUACUUCCUUUUAAAAUGGAGAAAUUGAAGUUAAAAACGAUUAUUAUGAACGAUGUACAUGUUCAUGUACAGUAUUGAAAAAAUCAGUGCGCACAAAUUCAACUUAGGGACUUUUGAUUCCUCAAAAUGAAAAGGAAUAAGUUAAAAUACCUGUAAAAAAGAAAAGAGUUGCCAUAUUUUACGAAGUCCUAGUCAUAGAAUAUACCAUAAAAUGCAGUUUAUUUUACCAUAAUUGGUACCAUGGGCCUACUUCAUUGAGAUAGUUAUUAUCAGAAAACAUUGAUUUAGAAAAUGCAAAACAAGGUAACAUCUCUAUCAAAGAAAAUACAUGUAGAAAAUGUUUACAAAAAAUCAAAAUUGUUCAAAUAGGAUUGUUUUUAGAUAGAAUAUGUACAUAAAUCUUGAGAGUGUGGAUUAAUUCAUAUGUACUCUGUAUACAUACAUGUAGUAAAUGUAGUAAGUACACGUUUUUUCAAUGGAAACUUCAAAAGUGUGAUUUUACUCAAUUUUACACCAGCAAACAUUUUAUUUUAUUUCAUUAUACAAUGUGUUUUAGUGGCUACAAUUUCACCUAGUCUGUAGAUUUCAUUAUAGAACAAAAAAGAUGUUUAAUAUGCUCGAAAAUAUUUUAGUCCAUGUAUGAUAAUGUUUAACAUAAAGUAUAUCCCUGUCAUUUUCUAAUAAAUUAAUAAUGAUAUAAAAAUUAC